UGAAAAUCAACUUCAUUUCGCGUCGAUAUCUCGCUCUACCUUUUAUCAAUCCGGGCUGACCUGCUCUCACAUUCUCAUUUUCACUCUCAUUUAGACCUCCCCUUCACCUUCCCCCUCUAGUUCAGAUAUCCACUAAGAUGAAGGCAAUACAAAUCAAAGAAUACGUCAAAGGCCCCGAAGACCUCAAAGUAAUCUCCCUGCCUGACCCCGUCCCAAAUCCCUCCGAAUACCUCAUCACCAUCCACGCCUCCGCAACCAACUUCUUCGACCUGCUCCAAAUCCGGGGCAAAUACCAGCACCAGCCGGCAUUCCCUUGGGUCGCUGGCUCUGAAUUCUCCGGCGUCGUGCUUAGAGCCCCAACAGCUCUGCCUGGCGGCCGGGUGCCGAGGUACAAAGCAGGGGAUAAGGUGUUUGGCGCAAGUCAGGGCGGAUAUGCGACUAAGAUCGCGUGUACGGAGGAGAGGCUACGGCCGAUGCCUGAGGGGUGGAGUUUUUUUGAUGCGGCCGGCUUGUUUGUUACCGGGCCCACAAGUUAUGCGGGGCUGGUUGUGAGGGCGGGGAUAAAGAAGGGCGAUUGGGUCCUCGUUCACGCAGCAGCCGGCGGUGUUGGUCUUGCAGCCGUCCAAAUCGCGAAAGCGUAUGGAGCCACGGUAAUUGCGACGGCAGGGAACCAACACAAGAUGGAUGUGGCCCGCUCCUUUGGUGCAGACUUCGCAAUCGACUACCGGCAAAGCGACUGGCCCGAGCAAGUCAAGAAGCUGACUCCAAAGGGACGUGGCGUGGAUAUCGUGUAUGAUCCUGUUGGACUCAUCGCCCAGUCAAUGAAGUGCACAGCUUGGAAUGGAAGACUGCUAGUGAUUGGUUUCGCUGCUGGCGACAUUGAGAAAAUGGCAACCAACAGGAUCUUACUAAAAAAUGUGAGUGUUGUUGGACUGCACUGGGGCAUGUAUGCUACCAUGGAACCCGGCAUGGUGGAUAAAGUCUGGGAUGGUAUCUUUGAAUUGAUGAGCGCCGGGAAGUAUAGAGGGACCUGCUUUACCGAUCAGGAAUACGUUGGACUAGAAAGUGUACCAGCUGCACUCAAAGCAUUAGGCGGAAGAGACAGUUGGGGAAAGGUGGUUGUGAAAGUGCCUCAGGAUGGUCAAAGCAAGAUUUGAUUGUAG